UUGAUGUAGCUCUUCAUAAACACGGUUCAACUGCAGUUCAGGCCUUGAUCAAGAGAUUGAAAAGAUCCGGUUUUGGCCAUAUCAUUACUAACAUUCUCUCCAUGAGGUUUUUUGAACUGAUGACUAGUGCACAAGGCCAAUAUGUUGUUGAACAAUGCUUUAAGAGCUUCAAACCUAAUGAGAAUCAGGUGUUGUAUGACGCUCUAUUAAAUGACGUUAUAGAGCUAGCCACAUCUCAAUACGGAUGCAUAUCCCUCAACACUUGUCUCAAUUGCGUGGGCGGGAUAAAUAGAUCCAUACUUCUUCAUCGAAUUGCAGAACAUUCAGACAUCCUCUCUCACGAUCCUUGGGGGCACUAUGUGAUUCAGCAUGUUCUUACCCUUCAUGAUGACAAUAUCUCGCGCGCCAUAUGCAUUCGUCUCGAGAGGCAUUAUUUACACUUGGCUGAAACCAUGGGCGGCAGCCAUGUCGUGGAGAAUUGCCUAAAAUCAUCAGAGUUUGGGAUGAGAUCUGUUGUUGAGACUCUCUUGGAAAGGGAAUCAAAACUGGUUUACCUUGCAUCCCAUCAGUUUGGUAAUUAUGUUGUCCAGACAGCCUUGAAGGUUACAAAGAAACAUAAUAACACUCUUUACAAGUCUCUUGUCAUGGUUCUCAAGAACCGAAGCUCAGCUCUUUCGCAUGAUAUCAUUGAACGACAUGUAUUCAAUCUGAUCUACCAGUUGGAAGCCAGCAAUUUAGGAAGUUUAUCACCUGAUUGAGAAAGGAAUAUAAAUAUGUAAUUUGUAUCUCUGUGAUCUGUAUGCCCAUGAAGGAGGGCUGUUGUUUACUUUUUGCAACAAAAACUAUCAAGUGACUGUAUGUUUGGUACAGUCUUAUGUGGAGCUUGUAACUCAUUCCAAUGUCUAAUACUCCCUCCGUCACAAAUUGAUGGUCCUAUACUUUUUGGAGUCAAAUAUUAAGAAAAAGUGAUAGAAGGACUCAUACAACCUUACUUUAUUGUAUUGUUCACUCUUUUACUUUUAUUAUUCAUUAAAAAGGAAGGGUAUAAAUGGUAGUCUACUUUAAUUUUAUUACUAAAAAGGGAAAAGUGACUCAUCUUGAAAACUUGCAUCUUGA